AAGCUGCUUCGAUUGGAAGAGAUAACCUAAGACCAUCUACAUUAAAUAUUACAGCUCCAGAAUACAGAGAAUUCGUAUCCAGAAUGCUCCGGGAUAAAUUGAUAUGUCAAAAUCAUAUUGAAAGACCGACUGCAUCUGAUGCCUUAGCAGAUAACUGA